UGGGCUCUACCAAGAAGAUCAACGUCAACUUCCAGGAUCCAGAUGGCUUCUCAGCCCUGCACCACGCCGCCCUGAACGGCAACACGGAGUUGAUCACCUUGCUGCUGGAGGCCCAGGCUGCUGUGGACAUCAAGGACAACAAAGGCAUGAGGCCACUCCACUACGCAGCCUGGCAGGGCCGGAAGGAGCCCAUGAAGCUGGUGCUGAAGGCCGGCUCGGCGGUGAACAUCCCGUCCGAUGAGGGCCACAUCCCCCUGCACCUGGCAGCUCAGCACGGUCACUACGACGUGUCGGAGAUGCUUCUACAGCACCAGUCCAACCCCUGCAUGGUAGACAACUCCGGGAAGACGCCCCUGGACCUGGCCUGUGAGUUUGGCCGUGUCGGGGUCGUUCAGCUGCUGCUCAGCAGCAACAUGUGUGCGGCCUUGCUGGAGCCCCGGCCCGGGGAUGCCACCGACCCCAACAGCACCAGUCCCCUGCACCUGGCAGCCAAGAACGGGCACAUCGACAUCAUCAGACUCCUCCUCCAGGCUGGCAUCGACAUCAACCGGCAGACCAAGGCUGGCACGGCCCUGCACGAGGCUGCGCUCUGUGGGAAGACAGAGGUGGUCCGGCUGCUGCUGGACAGCGGGAUCAACGCUCAGGUGAGGAACACCUAUAGCCAGACGGCCCUGGACAUCGUGCACCAAUUCACCACCUCCCAGGCCAGCAAGGAGAUCAAGCAGCUGCUACGAGAGGCCUCUGCAGCCCUGCAGGUCCGGGCAACCAAGGAUUACUGCAACAACUACGACCUGACCAGCCUCAACGUGAAGGCGGGGGACAUCAUCACGGUCCUUGAGCAGCAUCCCGACGGCCGGUGGAAAGGCUGCAUCCACGACAACCGGACCGGCAACGACCGGGUGGGCUACUUUCCAUCCUCACUGGGCGAGGCCAUCGCCAAGCGGGCAGGUGCCCGAGCAGGCAGUGAGCCAAGCCCGCCCCAGGGAGGCAGUGCGGCGGGGCCCUCUGCGCCCCCAGAGGAGAUCUGGGUGCUGAGGAAGCCUUUUGCAGGUGGCGAGCGCAGCGGCAGUCUGAGCAGUGGGACUGGUGGCCGGAGCGGCGGGGGCCACACCCUGCACGCAGGCUCCGAAGGCGUUAAGCUCCUGGCCACGGUGCUCUCCCAGAAGUCCACCUCGGAAUCCAGUCCGGGGGACAGCCCCGUCAAGCCUUCUGAGGGCCCCACAGGCUCCGGCAGGCCCCAGCUUCCCGCAGCCCACGGCGGGCAGCUCUACGGGGAGCAGCCGGCGAAGAAGCUGGAAGCAGCCUCAGAGGGCAAGAGCGCAGAGGCAGUCAGCCAGUGGCUUGCCACGUUCCAGCUGCAGCUCUACGCCCCCAACUUCACCAAUGCUGGCUAUGACCUGCCCACCAUCAGCCGCAUGACCCCUGAGGACCUCACGGCCAUCGGUGUCACCAAACCAGGCCACCGGAAGAAGAUCACGGCUGAGAUCAGUGGCCUGAGCAUCCCUGAUUGGCUGCCCGAGCACAAACCCGCUAACCUGGCCGUGUGGCUGUCCGUGAUCGGCCUGGCCCAGUACUACAAAGUGCUGGUGGACAACGGCUAUGAGAACAUCGACUUCAUCACCGACAUCACCUGGGAGGACCUGCAGGAGAUCGGCAUCACCAAGCUGGGACACCAGAAGAAGCUGAUGCUGGCGGUGAGGAAACUGGCCGAGCUGCAGAAGGCCGAAUAUGCCAAGUACGAGGGGGGACCCCUGCGGCGGAAGGCACCCCAGUCGCUCGAGACCACGGCCAUAGAGUCGCCCCCCCCGCCUGAGCCUGCCCCCGCCGACUGCCAGUCUCCUAAGAUGACCACCUUCCAGGACAGCGAGCUCAGCGGGGAGCUGCAGGCUGCCAUGACCGGCCCGGCCGAGGCACCCGCAGAGCAGCCCUCUGGCCGCCUGCCCCCCACCCCCAGGGCGGCCGGGCGGCCGGAGCCCAGCCUGGGGGGGCGGGCUCGGCACAUGAGCAGCUCGCAGGAGCUGCUGGGCGACGGCCCCCCUGGACCCAGCAGCCCCAUGUCACGAAGCCAGGAGUACCUGCUGGACGAGGGGCCGGCCCCCGGCACACCGCCCAAGGAGGUCCGGCCAGGCCGCCACGGCCACAGCAUCAAGAGGGCCAGCGUGCCCCCGGUGCCCGGCAAACCGCGGCAGGUCCUCCCGCCGGGGGCCGGCCCCUUCACCCCCCCGCAGACGCCCACCAAAGCCCGGCCGGGCUCCCCUCAAGCCCUCGGGGGACCUCACGGCCCGGCCACCGCCAAGGUGAAGCCCACCCCACAGCUGCUGCCGCCCGCCGAGCGGCCCUCGUCACCUCGCUCCCUGCCGCAGUCGCCGACGCACCGUGGCUUUGCCUACGUGCUGCCCCAGCCCGUGGAGAGCGAGGUGGGGCCGGUGGCACCGGGGCCCGCCCCGCCGCCUGUGCCCACGACCGUGCCCACUCUCUGUCUGCCCCCGGAGGCCGACGUGGAGCCUGGGCGCCCCAAGAAGCGAGCUCACAGCCUGAAUCGCUACGCGGCGUCCGACAGCGAGCCGGAGCGAGAUGAGCUGCUGGCGCCCGCCGCCUCGGGGCCCUACGCCACGGUCCAGCGGCGCGUGGGCCGGAGCCACUCUGUGAGGGUCCCCGCUGCCCACGACAAGAACGUCAACCGCAGCCAGUCUUUCGCCGUGCGGCCUCGCAAGAAGGGACCGCCCCCACCCCCGCCCAAGCGCUCCAGCUCCGCCGUGGCCAGCGCCAACAUGGCUGACGAGCCAGCUCCCGAGGCUGAGGCCGAGGCCGAGCCUGCCCCAGACAACCGGCUGGGCGUCCGGGCCCAGCGCCGGCGGGCUAGCGACCUCGCAGGCAGCGUGGACACGGGCAGCGCGGGCAGCGUGAAGAGCAUCGCGGCCAUGCUCGAACUGUCUUCCAUUGGGGGCGGGGGGCGGGGCGCUCGCCGACCCCCCGAGGGCCACCCCACCCCUCGUCCUGCCAGUCCGGAGCCUGGCCGGGUGGCCACAGUGCUGGCCUCGGUGAAGCACAAAGAGGCCAUCGGGCCGGAUGGCGAGGUGGUGAACCGGCGCCGCACUCUCAGCGGGCCUGUCACGGGGCUUCUGGCCGCAGCCCGCAGGGGCCCGGGAGAACCCACGGAGCAGGGCCACUUUGUGGAGGAUGGGGCCACCAGGCAGCGGCCUCGAGGUCCAGCCAAGGCAGAGGCCGGCGCGGAAGGCCCCCCCCUGGCCAGGGUGGAGGCCAGUGCCACGCUCAAGAGGCGCAUCCGGGCCAAGCAGAGCCAGCAGGAGAAUGUCAAGUUCAUCCUGACCGAGUCCGACACGGUGAAGCGCAGACCCAAGGCCAAGGAGCGGGAGGCCGGGCCCGAGCCACCCCCGCCGCUGUCCGUGUACCAGAACGGCACAGCCACAGUGCGCCGCAGACCCGCCUCGGAGCAGGCCGGGACCCCGGAGCUGCCCCCGCCACCCCCGCCCGCUGAGCCGCCACCCGCCGACCUGGCGCACCUGCCCCCUCUGCCCCUGCCCGACGGCAAUGCCCGGAAGCCGGCCAAGCCACCCGUGUCUCCCAAGCCUGUCCUGGCUCAGCCUGUGCCCAAGACCCAGGGCUCACCCACCCCAGCCUCCAAGAAGGUGCCGCUGCCAGGCCCCGGCAGCCCAGCCGCGCCGCACCCCGCGUCCGACGGAGCCUCGCCCGGGGACAGCGCCAGGCAGAGGCUGGAGGAGACCAGCGCCAGCCUGGCCGCCGCGCUGCAGGCGGUGGAGGAAAAGAUCCGGCUGGAGGACGGGCAGGGCCUGGGCCCUUCCACGGCUGCGAAGAGCGCCGGCAGCAUCCUGGAUGACAUCGGCAGCAUGUUCGACGACCUGGCCGACCAGCUGGACGCCAUGCUGGAGUGA